CUGUAUAUUUGGAUUUAAAAUAUAGUAGUGGAAGUAAAAAAAACACUGGAUUGGUUUGAGGUCAUAUUACGUUCAUUUUCGUUUUCGUUCGAUAGGCAGUACCAUCGAGUGAUUACGAUGGUUGGAUAUAAAAGCAAAUUCCAUAUAUUGCUUGUCCAGUUAAUAUCAAAAAUUAAGUCCGUUUUCAUUCAAAAAUUUUCUUAUGAUUUUUCAAAUAAAAAUGCGUAUUUCUGGAUGCUAAAAUCCUCCAUUUGUAUUUAUUUUUAAUAUUUGCAAUUAAAGUUUAGUUUCUUUUUUCAUAGAUCGAAGAACUGUCAACUUUUAUUCAUGGCUCAGUCAGAUUUAAAUUCAAUUCGAUUGGGAAAAAGUGUCCAUGCCUUCAGGUGGCAUUUGACAGAGCUUCAUUUGACUCCUUAGAUAUAAAUACCCGUUGCAAACAUAUUAGUCUGAACCUGAAAUAAAAGCUGCCAGAAAACCGUCGCGUGCCACUUCAUUUAUUCGAAAGUAUACAAAUUUCAGUGCCAAGUGGCAUUAUAGCCAUUUCUCAAUGAUUCUCUAAGUUUACAAGUCAAAAUUGAAGAUACUGCCUUACGAAGUAUAAGACAAGUUUAAGCGGAAACUUGACUAUAAAUGAAUUGAUCCGUUUGUUGUUUAUAAUAUCUUUGCUAGCCUCCAAUAUUGUUAUCGUCUCAAUACAGCUGCGAUAGGAAUAAAACCCAAGUUCCCCUUCGCUCUUCGAUUGAGUGGUUUAAUUUACCCUGUGUUGGAAAGAGUUUCCAAAUGUCCUAGAAUUAAAAUUAGCCUUUUCUAAAUACCCCAAAAUAGGGAAACCGUUGCCCGAAUGCUCUGAAUCUGAGCACAGUAUUGUUUGGAUUUCUGCUAGCUCAGGGUACAAACCGUUUCCAGUUGUUGUGUUGGAGACCUGUUUACAACCGUCUUCAAACUCCAAACAUACAGCGUGAAUUGAACUCCAAAUAAAAAAGUAUUAGCAUGGCUUGAUCGAAAGCAGUUAGUUGUCCACAAGAAGAAUCUUCCCAUUCCCGUUACCAUUUAUAACUUAACUAUUUACAUUUUAUAACUAAAUUUGACGCGUUUCGCUGCCUCGUUAAAUUUUCCUUUUGACGCGCUCUAUUUUCAAUCAGCCCACACGUGAAUAUUUUCAUUUUCUGAUGGCAUUAAAACUUUAUUGACUUAAAGGUUUAACGAGAGAAUAGUUCGAAAUUUUUCGUUGCUUUUGUUUUUUCUUUAAUCUUUCAUUGCUUUCGAAUUAACGUUCUAAUUUUUUACCAACUCAUCUAAUUGAUGUUAAUUGUCGAGUGAAUGGGAAAAGUUUGGAGAAAAAUUAAACCGUCUUGGCUCUCGCGAUCUCAUGAAUCGCUGGUAUUCAACUCAGUUUACUCGCCAGCAACCAAUCAGAAUGCAGUGCCUGUUUUAUCCAAUCAGAAUGCAGAUUCCUCUCACGAUAGAAUUGUAGAGUCGAGUGCCGAGUAUCAUUUCAACCAAUCAAACAACUUCCCUCCAAUUCACUCUAGUCACUCGCAGUAUUUCAAUUCGCAUCACUUGGAGGGAAGUGGAAAUAGUGGAAGGAAGUUGCGAAAUCAUCAACAUCGACCAUCACUUGCGUUGGACUCCAACGAGAACAUACUUCUGCAGUCUUCGACUUCAACCAAUGAGAAUGAGGCAUCAAUAUUUUCAUCAGCCAAUCACUGCUCGCAGUCUAACUUGCGUCAGCUGAAGUCGUCUUUGGGAGGGAGUAGGCUGACGACGUUGACUACUGACAACUACUUGCACAUGAAUGGGGGUCCAAAUGGAAUGGGGCCGGUGGUGAUUGGAGGAGGAGGGACUCCUUCGACACUUGCUAUGAGCGGAUCCAGUCAUCCGAACAGAACAAGUUCUACUAACAAUCUACAACAAAUGCAUCACAGCUCCACCCUCGAAAAACAGAAACUGGACAGGUCGAGGUCGACACAUUUUAAGUUUGGCUCCAGUGGAGGUAGUGCGUUUGACCUCAAUGGACAAGAUCCUUGGUCACGCUUGACCUUCAUCAGCGCCAACCGCAACGCUACUCUACGCCAAACUCCGAUUUCGAUGUCCUCAGCUGGGGCCAACCAAUCAUCAAUUCAAUCUCUCUCAUCUUCUGUCAACAUAAACAACAACAAUAAUAGUACCAACCAGAUGUUUGCUCCUCAACAACAUCAGCCGCAGAUUAUGCAACCAAUGAUGCCUUACAGUGUGACUCACGCAAGUGCCUCAACCAUGCAACAACAACAUCAACAGCAGCAAAGUCAAUUUGCAGCAGGUCUGUUGCAGCCUGCAAGAGAAGCGAGUUCGUUACGAAUGCAUGUGUUGGAGAUGAAAGGAGCGCCUAGCAAAAAUAAACAGAAGAUAUUCUGCCAGAUAUUUGUCAACGCAGUCAAGCUAGGAGAGACUACGGCAAAGCCCAAGCUUGAUAUUCUGUUCUGGGGAGAGCUUUUCAACUUCACUCCUGACCAGUUGAGUAAAGUGAAGCCAAUUGAGAAAAUCCAGAUCAAGAUAUUCAAAGAGUCGGAGAACCCGAAGAAGAAAAAGAAGGACAAGGAGACGGGUGGGAACCAGUUGGGAUCGGUGGAGCUCAAACUCAAAGAGAUCAGCGGCGACUGGAACGAGACGUGGUACCCCGUGGAUAAUAGAGCGAAGAGUUGUGACCAGGACAACUGUACACUGAGGGUGAGGGCCGUCUACCACACAGUGUGGGUGUUGGACCAGAGGUGCUAUGGAGAACUGCUAGACUUCCUCCGAGAUGACUCACUCCUCCUCUACAGAGUGGUGGAAGAGGCCAUCCUGCUUAAGGAGAAGGAAGACUUCUCAACUUCUUUGAUCCAAGUGCUACACUACUGUGACAAGAUCGACGUCUUUUUCGCUGACGUGAUCGAGCACGAACUAAAGAAAGAAAACAACCCAAGAAUGGUGUUCCGAGGAAACUCGCUCGCAACCAAGUCCAUGGAGGCCUAUCUGAAGUUCAUAGGGUCCGAGUACCUCAAGAACACGCUACAGGAGACAAUUUUGGAAAUCUACAGGAAGGAUGAGUCCUAUGAGAUUGACUCCCAGAAGCUACCUGGAUCCAAUCCAGUAAAGAUUGCGGAACAGCAAGAGAAGUUCAAGAGGUUGUGUGAACAGAUUUGGGGUCUGAUCCAGAGGUCUAUCAGUGAGUUCCCAUGGGAGAUGCAGCGGGUGUUUGCGAAGAUCAAAGAGCGGCUGAAGAAGGAGUACACUGGGGAGGUGGUGGACAACAUCAUCACAGGCAGCAUCUUCCUACGCUUUCUCUGCCCAGCUAUCAUGACCCCCAACUUAUUCGCCCUCCAUAACGCAUACCCCCCAGACAACACAGUACGCACUCUGAAACUGGUAGCCAAACUACUUCAGGCACUCGCAAACAACUCCACACUGGGUGAGAAGGAGAGCUACAUGACGUUCAUGAAUCCCUUCAUGAAUGAACAGUUCGCCAACAUGCGCAAAUUCCUCGACGACAUAUCAACUAAUACAUCCGUGUAUCCCUCCUCGCACUUGGACAGACAGAGAGAGCUGCUGCUACCAUCGGCAGUGCCCAAGCAGCAGAUAGACGUGGCCAAAGAAUGUGCAAUCAUCUACCGCAUGCUGCAGAAGAUCAAAGACAACUACAACUCCUCAUCCUCCUGUUCAGUCGCUACUGCAGUUUCAAGGUCCAACAAUAUGUCCGGAGGAGGAUCCAUGGCAUCGGCCAGUAUAGCGUCCCCAGCUAAGAACGGUCGCAGUAUGGCUCAGAUAAUUCAGACUCUGCAACAGAAUUACUUGUAUCCCCAGUCGCAGAUGGCCGCUUUGCAGUUCCCUCAGCCGAAUAUAGCGUCUAGCAUAAAUUUACGGAGUAUGAACCAAUCGCCGCAGCCUAUGAUGCAGUAUCAUCAGCAGGCCAUGCUAGCGGGUACAGUUCCGGCCAACUAUGCGCCCCAGGGGAUCAAAGUUUCAUCUGCUGCCCCUGGAGGAGGCCAGUACCCAAUGACUAGUCAAUCGCAACUUCAGCAGCAGUAUAAUAACAAUCACUUCGCUGCACAGCCUGUAAGACAGUCGUCUGUGGAUUCGCAAGUGCCGAUGCGAGUGGAGCAUCCGAAUCAAAAUCAGUUCACAGCCUCCCUCUAUCCCCAAUACCCGGGAACAUCUCAACAACAGCUGCAACAUCCGAACAGUGACCCCAUGCGAAUCAAAGCACCCACUGAUGUUAUGCACGUGGGGGCUAGCGGGGGACUUGAGAACACUUACUACAAUCAACCAGGUGUCUUGUUACAUAACAGCAGUCACCAUGUAAACAGCACUCUGCCUAGAUCCAACAAGCACUCCUCCCACACUAGUGUAAACCGAAGUCCCAUGGGUGGCAUUCCAGGCUUCUCGAUGCCCCCUCCCCCAAACUACCCUCCACCCGCUCCUGGUGAUUGCGGCGGCGUCGGUGGUGGGGAAGAAAACUACGAAAACAUGGACGUAGUAAAGAUGAGUAACAGAAAACAGAGUCAUAACAGUCCCAAAAAGGGAUCAGUGUCUUCGUCAGCCUCGUCCAAUUUAACUCCGGUGUCCUCGGAUCACCAGAUUGCAAAACCAACAAGUCCUUUUCAGCCUGCGAUGCCAGAACAAGCCCAGCGAGUCAGACUCAAUCCGUCACAAUCAAACAGUACAAUUAACCUCCACAGUAAUUCGAACAGUGAUCAGUCGAGGCAGCAGCAGCGAAUGCAGCAACAGCAGAAUCAGGUGCCACCAAAGUCGAGACUCGGAAUUAGUUCAUUAAGUAAUUUCAAGUCCCAGCAAAUGACGCCAGGUAAAGCUCAAUCGCCCAGUGGAGGCCUUUACGACGCAGCCGACCAACACUACAACAUGUCGGGACAGGCACCUACAGCAAGUAUAGAGCCUUCGUUUAAGGCAGUUUCAAGAUCGGCAAACAGAACGCCGACUUCAGAAGUCGCAUCGCUCGCAAUGUCAGUUCAAUAUGCGAACAGUGAGACUAUAAACGAUACGAGAGGAUCCAGAGACGAGGGCUUGGGCGGAAAUACCCCUACGGCGAAGUCGCCUAGCACAGUACCUGUCCAAAUAAUUCCCGAGUCACGCAACUUCAGAUCACACACUCCUACAGGAGGCGGCAAUACGGAACAGAGGCAGACGUCCAGUCACGGAGAUUUCAUGACCCUAGCGAACCCCAUUUACGAUGUGUACAACUCGGACCCUAAGCAAAACCAAAAUGGUCGGAUUAUGAUCACGAACAACGAGGACCCACAGUCGUUGAGACGCACAGAGUCUGUCAGAGUGAACACUAACGCUUGUUGUUGUGGCACGACGUGGAAUCAUAACCUGACUAAUUGUGACCUUGAGAAUAGUGCCAACUACGAAGAAAUUCCCAACUUCAGUGACGGAGAGCACAAUAGUAGGCCUAAAUCAUGCAUAAAUGGGGUCACUAACACAUCCAUGAUCAGUUGUUCAUCUAAAGGCCAUAAUCAUCUCACUGUCACCCAGAAGUAUGAUCAAAAUUGUUGUUGUAACGCUGAACAUUUGAACAAAGAUAACGAUGAGAGAUCGCCAGGUGUUAAUUCAAACGACUCAUCUGAAAGUUCCAACUCUGUUACCACUAAAUCCAGUUCUAUUGAACUAUUGGGACAUUAUGCGGUCAUGCACAGACCUGUAACCCACACACGAUCAUGCUCUGCUGCCAUGAACAUGUCUGUCGAUCCGAGGGGCGACAGAGUGUCUUGUGAUUGUAUUUCACAAAUUGCACAGACUAGUAAAGUAUAUUCGAAGUCUGGAGAAGAUGAAAUCUGGCAGCGUAGUUCGGGUGUGACCAGAGGAGACGAUGACAGUCCGACAACGAUGGACACCCCAGAUGAAAUGUUGACAAACGAGUCGCUAGAAAAUGUGUUUGUGCCCCAGAGCACCACCGACUGUCUCAUGCCUUCGAUGUCCUUCAAGAGGGGACUCAGCGGUGUUCUACAGCAGGGAAAGGCGACGAGUAGAGCUCCAGUGGCGGACCAGGAAGAUUUGGAGAGUGUGGACGACAGAACUGCCCAGAAUCAAAAUGAAGACACCCAUACGAUACGAGAUGACGAUUCUAAUUGCAAUACCUCACAACAAUCGUUCCUUUCUACGCUAAAUGCGAGCGACGUACCGGGUCUGCCGAACGAUCUCGCCUCGGGUGGCGGGAGCAGCAGGGGUUUCGUUUCGUCCAACAACUCCCUAGCAACCAUUUCGUCCAUACCACAAAACAGCACCACCAGCAGUAGCUCCUCGACUACAGCAGCGGCCGAGUCGAUCACAAAUCCAAGGAGACGGUCGCAGUUGUAUGGUAAUAGACCACCAGCUGUGAAGUCGGUUGCAGAGUACGCGGCUGAAAAUGCGGAUCUGCAGAGCAGACUUACAGAGUUUGAGGAACGAGAGACGAGGUCCCAACAGGAACGGAAGUCUGCCGAGGCGAAGAAUCAAGCCAUACAGGAAGACAACUGCAGACUGAGUCAGGAGAAUGUGGAAUUGAAGGAGCAGUUGGACACUCUGACUGUGGAGUUGCAGGAGCGGAUGAAGAUGAUAGCGAAGAAGGACGAGAAGAUCAAGAAGCUACUAGUCAACAACCAGACACUCCUGGGGCAUGUGAACAACCAUGUCACGAACAACCAGAACGCCACCACCUGGGAUCACAAGGCCAAACCAUCGCUAGGUCAAACCUCAAAUAGCAAUCAAUUGAGCCAAUCGGAAGCAGCAAAUGAGACGAGUGCCUCUUCUGUAACCAACGGAAGUACGAGCUCUAAUAGAGAAUCGAGCGAAGGGGUCGUUUCUAGAGGCAGGGAAACACCGACCCAGACUAACAGGUCAUCUCGAUAUCAGACAAACGGACAUGGAGCAGGAGAUGUUGUGAGAAUAUCCAAAACAAGUAACCCAUUAGAACUGCAAAACUCGACGCCUCUAUGAAUCGAACUUAACUUAAAUAAUCUAAAUUCGGACCCUGAUGAACUAUCAUCCAACUAUUAAUUAAUAACUCAUAAUGUUAAUUUGAUGCACAAAAACCAGUCCUCGUGUUUUGUGAUACUUUGAUCGAUUUAGGCAGCACCGGUUGUGGCUAGUAGUUUGCAAUUACAUUUUAAAGUAGUUAGAAUACAUAGUUUUGUGAUGUUUGGCAAAUUGUUCUACAAUUUCGUGUAGCCACAAAGAAUCGAAUUCUAAUUGAGAAGUGAUUUGCUUUAAUUGUUAAUACUUGGUGCUAAGCCAUUGUAUGUCAGCAAGUUUCUUCAAUAGACCUUAAUUUGUAAAGAGAAUUAAUCUA